GCAGCUUCCGGGUCUUCACGAUGUUAACCCCUCAGCACCGACAACCUAUGCCUAUGCAGCCAAUGCAGCCCAUUCAGCCCAUUCAGCCCAUGCAACCUAUGCAACCUAUGCAGCCCAUGCAACCCAUGCAACCCAUGCCAUACCAACCCCCCCCGGUGAAGCCAGGCAAGGGAAAGAAGCAGCAGCAGCAGCAAUUUCCAAAGUAUAAGGACGAGAAGAAGACCGGCACUGCGAAAAGGUUUCUGGGGGAUACACUUGCAGGAAGGUUUGUUCGGUCUGCGGUCCAGACGGCCUCUAGCACUUGGAAAUUGCCCGAGUCUCUAUCUCCAUGGGGCGACAAUAACAGGUUUGUUUGCCACACCUCCGAGUGGUGGGUGAAGCCAACUAGUUCGUCCUUCCUUUAGUUUGACGCUGCCGAACGUGAGAUAUCGUGAUGCUGUACUGUUCACAACGUGAGUUAGAGGGCCCCAAAGUCGGCAUUGGUGAUGUUUGCUGAUUAUAUUCGACACAGCUUCGCGUUUGUCGGGGGGCCCCUACUCGAGGCUGGGGGGGACGCUCUUGGGGGAGCAAUUGGCUGUGAUACCUUCGCUGCGGAAAUCAUAAACCCGGUUGUAGAUUUCUUCGUUUACAAUACUGUAGCAAAGUACGCCCUAUUUCAAAUCAUCGAGCAAGCAAUCGACAAAGGUCGCACAAUCUUUUCCCGUUUCCCGACAUCCCUAAAGUGCUAAUAUAUGUAGCAGGUCUGCUGGAGCACAUCCUCCCCGAAGAAGAAAAGAUGCUUCGUACAACCAGCAUGCGGACGCUCCAAUGCGUCGUGAAGCAUAAGCUGAUGGACGUUGAUGCCGACCUUCGCCUGGCCAGGGUGACACCCUCUCGAAACCCCUUAUCCUGCGAAAAGGGCUGGUUCUGUCCCUACCUCUUCGCCAGUUCCCGCACUCCUAUAAUCCCACGCUCGCAGGACUUCGCCAUCGCAUCAUGCUUUGGCCCAUUCUUAGCGGGCGACUACCGGCUGGCUCACAAACUCCUUUCCGAGUCUGCGGCAGUGCUCUCCCUCUGUAACCCCGAUCCCACUGUCAACAUCGGCGUCAACCGUGUACUCGUAACCUUCAUCGGGAUCACGCCAUACAGGGGCGGUAUGUGGUCUUCUUCCCGAAGACCUGGCGCCGCGCUUAUGAAUUUUCACCUGCUGAACGGGUGCCCUUCUAUGGUUAUACCCGUGAAUAAUAUGGCGCCGAUUGUAGCGUGGAGCCCAACUACGCUGGCCAGUAUCAAAGAUCCGGGGUUCAAUCCGGAGUGGUUACAUGGACAGAUAUGCGAGUUUUUGGAUACAAUUAUCAGUGCUAAAGACUGCACGCCGGGAAUUAGGGCCAAUUAUGAGCCGGCAUUGGGCAGGUCAGUGAGUAUGGUCGUCAACGGGGCAUUGGGCUUGAGGAAUGUGCAACCGGGGAUUCUGAAGGGACUGGACCCCGAGAGAGCAGGGUGAGCAGACAUCCCUCAUUUACUCUGUGAGUUAUUGUUAACCUUCAGAGACAGAAUUGCAUUUUUUAGGUAUUAGGUUUUCGAUUUCCUUGCUAUUGUUUUUUUCUUUCUUUUUUCUUUCUUUUUUUUCCCCCUCUUUGUUAAGAUCGCG